UUUACAAUGCUUUUGUGUCCACUUUGUGAUGUGGGCCAUUUUGAAAACAUAAGAAAUCUAUCUGCGCACAUGAGAUUUUAUCAUGGAGAUCUCUAUAUAAGUUUAGUCUGUCGGCAAAUAGGCUGUGGUAAGAGGUUAAGCAACUGGUCCAAUUUCAAAAGGCACGUACAGACUCACAUUGUAAUUGAUGAGAAUGUUGGUGAUGGUAAUGAUUUGGCUGAGCCCGACGACCUUGGUCACGAUGAUAAUGGUGUAAAUUUUGAAAAUAACAUUAUUGACAAUUUGCCACUGAAUGAGGCUGGACCUGACUUAGGAUUACCUAAUGACAUUGGUGUGGACGAUAAUAGAAAUGAAGCUGAUGCUCCGUUUGAUCGAUUCUCUCUCGAGAGUUUUGUUAAUUGUAUUUAUAGUAAUAUAUACCGUUACGGUACGUAACGUGCUACGAAUUUUCUUUAAUAUAUAACAGGAGCAUCAGCCAAGGAACGACUAUGAAAAACUUCUCAAACUAUGUAUUCUUUUCUGUGGAGGGACUCUCCCGAAGGGAAGUGUCAAUGCGCCAGGCGCACUGAGUGACGCCAGAUGGAUGGCUAGGGCUUCGUAUUGCCUCCUAUUGUACCUAUUUGAGGGACAAUUCAGUCUGACUCGUUAUGAGAAGACUGGCGUCGAGCGAGUGUGCCUGUUUGUUGUGAAAAUUUACAUUCACCACUGGUUUACGUGCCAAAUAGCGCGCUGGGCCCCCCGCAACGACUUGGAGCUGUUAGGGUCACUGCGGGCAUAUGCAGAGUUCGAUCCACAGGUCGCGGACAAGGGGCUCAAAGCAGUGGGCCGACACCUCUGGUACUUAAGUGAAGAGAUCGUUGGGCUUGCCUUUUUUGAUGAAAUCGUAUCCGCUGAUACCAAAAUAAAAAUGGUCCAUUCAAUGAAGACGAAUAAGGGGAGCAAUAUUCCGCCCCAUCGGCUGUCUGUGACGGGAUCAGCUUUAAAGGCCCUUGCCUACCGGGGCCUAGAAGACUUAGUUACAACCUCUACAAUGAACUUUUUCAAAAAGGCAAAACUUCCCACUGACUUCCUGGAAAAGCCCCCCUUGGAGUGGGAAAGUGACCCAAGUUACAAGGAAUGCCUUGCAGUAGUGCGUAAUUUAAAAGUGGUCAAUGACACUGCGGAAAGGGGAGUAGGUUUAAUUAAGGAGUAUACUGCUGCUGGUCUAACUAAAGAUGAGGAGCAGCUUCAAUCAAUUUUGAAAAUUGUGAAAAAUCACCGAGCUUGUUACCCAAAACUAACCAAAAGUGAGCUAGUCUAA